AUGGGUGACGCCAACGGUGUUUCCGCUGAGCGGUUUGCUAUCGGUAUCUCGUUUGGCAACUCGUCCAGCUCAAUUGCUCGCAUUUCGCCUGAAGGCAAGGCUGAGGUUAUUGCUAACGAGGAGGGAGACCGUCAAAUCCCUACCGUCCUGUCUUAUAUCGAUGGCGAGGAGUACCACGGUACUCAGGCAAAGGCACAGCUCGUUCGGAACUCCAGCAACACUGUCGCAUACUUCCGCGACUAUCUGGGCAAGGAGUUCAAGGACAUCGACCCUACCCCGUGCCACCAGUCCGCUCACCCCCAGCAGAGCGGCUCGACCGUUGCUUUCACCAUCCGUGACACUGCCAGCGAGACCCCCAACUCCGUCACCGUCUCGGAGAUUGCUACUCGCCACCUGCGUCGCCUGAAGCAGUCCGCCACCGACUUCCUGGGUAAGGAUGUCAACUCCGCCGUCAUCACGGUCCCCACCGACUUCACCGAUGCUCAACGCGAGGCUCUCGUUGCUGCCGCCAAGGAUGCCGGUAUUGAGGUCCUCCAGCUCAUCGCCGAGCCCGUCGCCGCUGUGAUGGCUUACGAUGGCCGCCCCGAAGCCACCGUCACCGACAAGCUGGUUGUUGUUGCCGACCUCGGUGGCACUCGCUCUGACGUUGCCGUCGUUGCUUCCCGCGGCGGUAUGUACACCAUCCUGGCCACUGCCCACGACUACGAGCUGGGCGGUGCCUCCUUGGACCAAAUCAUCAUCGACCACUUCGCCAAGGAGUUCAUGAAGAAGCACAAGACCGACCCCCGUGAGGACGCCCGCGGCCUGGCCAAGCUUAAGCUCGAGGGUGAGGGCACCCGCAAGGCCCUCAGCCUGAGCCCCAACGCUCAGUUGAGCAUCGAGUCCCUGGCCGAUGGCAUUGACUACGGUUCCACCGUCAACCGCACUCGCUUCGAGAUGCUUUCCGGCAAGGUUUUCGCUCAGUUCACUGGUCUGAUCGAACAGGUCGUCAAGAAGGCCGGCCUUGAUGUCCUCGACAUCGACGAGGUCAUCUUCUCCGGUGGUGCGUCGCACACCCCCAAGAUCGCCCAGCUGGCCCAGAACAUCUUCUCCGAGAAGACCAACAUCCUGGCUCCUUCCACCUUCACCUCUGCCAUCAACCCCUCUGAGCUGUCUGCCCGUGGUGCCGCUUUCCAGGCCUCUCUGGUGCAGGAGUUCGACCAUGAGGAUAUUGAGCAGUCCAUCCACCCCAUGGUGACUGCCACCCCCCACCUGAGCAAGGCCAUUGGUGUCGAGUUCCAGUCCACCACCGAGACCACCUUCCAGCCCCUGCUGAGUGCCGAGACCGCUCUGCCCGCCCGCCGUAUCGCUCAAUACACUGCUCCCAAGGAGGGCGGUGAUGUCCUGGUCCGCGUCUGCGAGGGUGCGCGCGAGAUCAAGGUCACCAAGCCUGAGCCCAAGGCCAAGGGGGACAAGCCCGCUGACGACGAGGACUCCGAUUUCGACUCUGACGAUGAGGAGGAGGAGGACCACCGCGAGAUUGUCUGGAAGACCGAGAAGCCCGUUGCCGAGCUCGCCGUCAAGGGCGUCAAGGCCGGCGGCAAGGUCGAGGUCAUGGUCCACGUCAACCCCGACCUGGGUCUCCAAAUCGCCGUCCGCGAGGUCGGUGGCAGCACCGCUGUCCGUGGUGCCAUCAACGGCUCCGCCUAA